CCAUGUUCGGUUACAACUUAGAAGUUUGGAGGAGUAUAAAACAGAAGAAAGAGAGAGAAAAUCGACGUGGAGGUUUACUCAGAUGACAACCUUAGUGGGCAAAGUCCCAUGAAUGCUCUCUCUCUCUCUCUCUCUCUUUCUUUCUCUCUCCGUAACCUUCUUCUUCUUCUUCUUCUUCUUCAGCUAUUAGCUUUGGCUACCGUGUUUUCUACUCGUUAGGUUUCUAGAUUUCAAGAGAGAUGGAGGGUGAAGGAGGAGAGAGAGGGACGAGGAAGAGAGUGGCGGAGAGUGGUGGCGGAGAGAGAAGGUAUAAAGGGAUAAGGAUGAGGAAGUGGGGGAAGUGGGUCGCUGAGAUUAGAGAACCAAACAAGCGUUCAAGGAUUUGGCUCGGUUCAUACUCAACCCCUAUCGCCGCCGCAAGAGCCUACGACACCGCCGUCUUCUACCUCCGAGGACCCUCCGCCCGCCUCAACUUCCCCGAGCUUCUCGCCGGAGAACCCCCUCCUUCCCUUGUCGGCGCCUGCGACAUGUCCGCCGCUUCCAUAAGGAAGAAAGCCACCGAGGUCGGCGCCAGAGUCGAUGCCCUCCAGGCCGCCACUCUUCACCACCACCACUUAGCUGCGCCACCGCAGGAGCUUAUAUCAGGGCGGUCCGGAGAUUUUGCGGAGCGGGUUGAUUUGAACAAGAUACCAGAACCCGAAGAUUGUGAAUGGGAGAUGAAUUGAAGAAAAAAGAAAAGAAGGGUGUUUUGGUUUUGUCUUGUCCCUUGUUGCUGCUGUUACGUUGUUGUUCCAACACGCUAACGUGCGCCAUGGGAAGGUGGUGUAACGGCGGAGGCAAAAGGAUAGUGAUUGUUAUUGAUGAGGCCCAAGGUCGUUUUCGGGUGUGGAUUAGUGUAACUCUUUUAUCUUUUUCUUCUUCCUUGCUAGUUUCUUUCUUUCUUUUAUCUGAAGAAAUUUUGGCGUUGUAAAAAUGUUAAAAUGUAAAUUAAGUAGUGAUUAGCCUU